AUGCUGCAGCGGUGCAGACCCAAAAAAGGGGCGAAUGCUGCGGCGCGGGAGGAGCGGCUGCUUCUUGGGAGGAAUGGCAUGACGGCGGACACCAGUGAGGAGAUCACUCGAACAGACUCCCCAGCUAAGCGGUCGCCGGCGCACCGUGGCGAGAUGUACGGGUGGGGCCCGCAGUCACACGGCGAGGAGCGGCCACGACAAACGGCGGGAGUUGGUUUGCCGGCGUUCCACUCGCGAGAGCCCAUGACGAAGACGCCCGUUUUGGAUGGUCCCAAUCCGAAUUCAUCUCUGACGUCUUCAUCCUCCGCGAAGUCGUGCACCACCAGUGACUUUCGCCUCGUUGAGCAGGAGCUGAAGGAGCUUCUGAGUGGGUGCCACCGCCUCUUCAACUCCGCUUGUGACCACAACGAGUCGAAGGAGGAAACCACCGUAGGACCGGUCACAGCCGAGCCGACGGCAUCGCGUUUGUCUUCUCCGAAGCCAGGCAUUCUCGCUACCUCUCCCUUAGCCGAGGUCGCUCCAAAGGUGGGCAGUGGUGGCAUUGCGAAGCCAAACGGCGAUGGUGGGGAGGCUCAAGACGUCCACCAUGUCCUCCACUCCGCCACGUCGCCGCCUAUUUCUAGCGUGCGUGGGGAUCGCUCAACGGAUAGCACCCCUACCCCGUGCCUUCAGCUACAGCAGGAAACUAUUUCUACGAGAAGCGUUCUUGAGGAAAGUGAAAAUGCGGUCUGCAUUGGAACAUCAUACGACAGUAACCCCUCCACACGUGUGGAAAGCCCUGUUGAUCUCUUUGCUGAUGCGCUGACGGAGGAUCAACUCAGUCGCUCACUUGAGAUGCAGCUGCAGCGCGAGCAACUGAUGCAGAUGCUUCAGCUGCAUCUUGAACCCAGUGUCGUGCUACAUCAGACGAUAUCAAGUAACCUAAACACAACGAUGCCGUUGAUUUCCAUUCCGACCGUAGAUGACGGCAUUGGACAUCCCGCUGUGCAGCGUGGGGCAAAUUAUCCAUCGCCGUCCUUUAUAAACCGCGAUAGCGGUGGCUUUGACGACAUCCGAGACAUGGUGAAGGCCUGUCACAGGUUGUAUGACAGCCGUGUCUACACGGCGUACCGCUACGAGGAAUGCGCUGUCCCCCACAGCAGACCAAUGACGGCGGAUGUCAAAGGAAGCAAAGCGAGCACAGAUAAAGUUGAGCUGGGCGAUCUACAGAGCAACUCAUGUCUGCAGAGAUCCGCCCAAUGCGAUGCGGAGGUUGGCGUUGUGCAACUUCCACAAGGUGAACACACCUCUCUUGAUCGUCGUGUGACCCAUGUUAACGGGAAAGCCAUGGCGCAAUUGCAGCGUCAGCGGGCUACUUCGCGCCGACGUCGAGAGGUGGUUAACAGCACAACGCCUGAAAUUGCUACGAGUGCGAGACACACGGAGAAUCCUUCUAUGCGCAGUGGUGCCACGGGUGGCAAGAGGGGCCCCAUAGUGGGAGCAACCGCAGGAGCAGAGGUAUUUCAACACCUGUCGGGGAACGUGAAGCAUGCUUCAAUAGGGCAAAGGUGGGAUGCAACCGUUACAGGUGGUGGCCCUUGGAAUGGCAGCAGUGAAAGGGCGGCUGUGAUGGCAACAUGCCCUGAAGCAGAUGCGGGUGUGACCGUAACUAAUGGCAUUGAUAGAGGAAACCAGGAACACUCACUAAAACAACUAAAGAAACAGCAACAACAACAGAAACAGCAAUCGUGGUCCCGUUGUCGGUACCGUCGUGAUUAUAAAACUCAUGGGGAGUAUUCACUGAAUCGUCAUGUAAGUGCGGCGACUCGCUUUCACGAUAUGGUGGAACGUUACGUGGCGGCCUUUGAGGGAGGUGGUGACUCCACUUAUUCUUUACCGGCCUUUGCGGAUUCACUGGUUGGUGCGGCCAUCUCUGAUUUUUGCCCUGCGGUAAAGCGGCGACAGGCCCAGUUGAAGGAGUCACAGUAUGCCGAGGCGAGAGGUGCGUCUUUGGCGCGCCACACUUACCGGGGAAGUGUAGGGACAAUCAUAACCACGUCAGGUACCGCGGCCACAACCAACCCCAACGUGCGGAGCUCAUGGGAUUCACAUGGCCACCGACAUUACCACCCCAACUUCCGCACACCGCAAGCUGUGGAAUGUCAUGAGCCCGCUGCCGGAGCCACUCGUAUGCAGCAUCGACCAUUGCAACGCCGGGAACUGCCUUAG